UAUGCCUACAGUGUGAACCACUUUAGUGACGGCAACGUAGAGAGACGGAGCUAUAUUAUUUCAGUUCACUGUAACAGACAAAUAAAUGCCAGUCAUUAGAUUUGAAACAAAAGUAGCAUAAUUAGUUAAAAAGUUGUCUACAAUUUGUCUUGUUUUAGCGUCAUUUUGCCGACGGUGCUAUUCAAAUUAUUUCGGAGGUGGCUGCUGCUCUUGGUAUAGCUGGCCAUGCUAAUCGUCGCUGAAGGAUCCGAUUGGGGCAAGCGGACAUUAUCAAGCCGUCGAUAUUUUUCAACGUCGAUAUUUUAACGAAUCAUUUGUUUGUUUUUGCUACAGAGAGAAAGGGGGGAAAGCUGUUUUUUUGACCGCGGUGGACUAUCUUUUUAUUACGUUUAGCUAAGACAGAAAGAAGAUAGCUCGAGCGGAAUGUGGAUAUAGCAUGUUAGCCAUGUUAAGCUGGAUCUUAUCUUCACUGUCAACUUCUGCUCGGGUGGAAUUAGUGUGUGCGGUUGGUAGAAGGUGGCCUAAUGUUCAAUGAAAGUUUUUUUAAUACUGGGCUUAUAUUCAAUCUCUCGGUUACGCUUGCUAGCUAGGUUAACCUAUCUAGCUAAGUAUUACGAUUGCUAUCUACCUUCGUGCCCUCGAAACGCUGCGUGCAUAAGGUUGUUUGGCGUCCCCAUGACUUUCCAGUAAGUGAGAGGGCUUGUUUUGCGAUUCUCGUGGUUUUUAAGUUAUUGCUGAAAACCUAUUUUUACACAUCUAGAGUUGUUAUUAUCAUUCGGCAUGGGAACUGGCCCACUUACUGAGAGAGAGGUUAUUGAGCGGUCUAGUUUAUUCUGAGCGCACGGGAGCUCGACAGUUGUUGCAGUUCGCCUCAGGCGGAUCACAUUUUCCUUUUUCCGAGUUGUAAUUUUAAAAUAAUUAAUAUGGACGUUGUAAUUAACUGGGUAACCACCUGCCCACACUGGUAAUAUGUGCAAAUAGUUUUAGUGUUUUAUACCAGUUGCUCUUGUGUUUGACUCUUAGGAUUUAUUAUCCGGAUCCAACGUCCCCUUGCUGUGACUGAUUUUUUUUUAAGCACAAAUUUGCCCUUUUUUGGAUUUUUCAUUCUUCAGUGACUCUAUGAAAUGGAUUUUUAAUUGAACUAUUCGUCCUAAAGAGUGUAAACGAUUUAACGGGAAAUUGCUGGCCAACGGAUUCUAUCAGAAGAAAAGGGAGCAGAUUUUUAAGAAAUGGGUCCGGCAACAAAACUGGCAUUUGGCGUGUUCCUCAUCUCUUGCUCCUCAGGCGCCAUCCUGGGACGUUCAGAGACACACGAGUGUGUGUUCUACAACUACAACCCGAGCUCAGAGAGCCAUGGCAACCGCAGUGGCGUAGAAGGCUGCAUCAGUGACAAGGACAAGCGACAACACUGUUUUGCCACAUGGCGGAACGUUUCCGGGACCGUGGCUGUCGUCAAGCAAGGCUGCUGGCUCGACGACGUCAACUGCUACGACAGCACGGAGUGCGUGGAGAAGAAGGAGGACCCCGAUGUGUUCUUCUGCUGCUGUGAGGGGAACAUGUGUAAUGAAAAGUUCUUCUACAACCCUGACGUGCAGCCAGUUCAGAGUAAGGCUCCCAUCACCGACAGAAGCAGAGGUGUCUUUAAGGCAACGUCUAACCCGUUCCCUCAGAAGCCCCCGGUGUUCAGUACCCUCCUCUACUCCCUGGUGCCAAUAAUGGGCGUCGCCGCAAUCGUUCUUCUCGCCUUCUGGAUGUACCGACACCAUAAGCUGGCAUACCCACCUGUCCUGGUGCCAACCCAGCAUGCCUUUCAUAUCAUGGUAGAGGAUCCUGGCCCCAUGCCCUCCUCCCCCAUCCUCGGACAGAAGCCACUGCAGCUGCUGGAGGUGAAAGCCAGGGGGCGCUUCGGCUGCGUGUGGAAAGCGCAGCUGCUCAGUGACUACGUGGCAGUCAAGAUCUUCCCAAUUCAGGAUAAGCAGUCCUGGCAGAACGAGUAUGAGAUCUACAAUCUGCCUGGCAUGAGGCACGAGAAUAUUCUCCAAUUCAUUGGUGCAGAGAAGAGAGGGUCCAACCUGGACAUCGAAUUGUGGCUCAUUACAGCUUACCAUGAAAAGGGCUCGCUGACCGAUUAUCUGAAGGCCAACGUGGUGACGUGGAACGAGCUCUGCCACAUUGCCCAGACCAUGGCGCGAGGUCUUGCCUACCUCCACGCUGACGUCCCUGGCCUCAGGGACGGGCACAAGCCCGGCAUCGCCCACAGGGACAUUAAGAGUAAGAAUGUGCUGCUGAAGGCUAACCUGACAGCCUGCAUCGCUGACUUUGGCCUGGCCCUGAGGUUCGAGGCCGGGAAGUCUGCUGGUGACACGCACGGACAAGUGGGCACCCGACGCUACAUGGCCCCAGAGGUGCUGGAGGGAGCCAUCAAUUUCCAACGAGAUGCCUUUCUCAGGAUAGAUAUGUACGCAGUGGGCCUGGUGCUCUGGGAGUUGGCGGCCCGCUGCACAGCAGCCGAUGGCCCAGUGGAUGAGUAUAUGCUGCCAUUUGAGGAGGAAGUUGGCCAGCACCCCACCCUGGAAGACAUGCAGGAGGUGGUGGUUCAUAAAAAGCUGCGACCCACCCUCCGUGAGUGCUGGCAGAAACACCCUGGUCUUGCCAUGCUGUGUGAGACAAUAGAGGAGUGUUGGGACCACGAGGCUGAGGCGCGUUUGUCGGCGGGUUGCGUGGAGGAACGCGUGGUUCAGAUGCAGCGACAAACCAGCAUCUCUGCACCCGAGGAGAUUGUCACUGUUGUCACCAUGGUGACCAACGUGGACUAUCCCCCUAAGGAGUCCAGUCUAUGACUAGAAGAGAACAGCAUGUGAAUAACGUGGGCGGGGGAAGAAAAAAAGAAACUGCAAAGAUGGGUCUCAGGCCGGUGGACCGGAAUUCUGAGUGGCUACCUAACAUGCGGAGCUUGAUUGAUCCUGGUGAUUGUACUGUACAUACAGUUGGUCAUGUUUACCAACAGUGGAUUUACAUGCUGAAUCUGUUCCAAUAUUGGUUUCAGCUACACUACGUGAGUGUGUGUGUGUGUGUGUGUGUGUGUGUGUGUGUGUGUGUGUGUGUGUGAAAACUCAUGUCAUGGGGCCUUCUGGAAAGGACAGAUGGAUUUAAAUCCAGCAUGAGGACCUGAAGCACGACACACUCUCACCUUUUGGCAAAUGGAAGCUACUGACUGAUGUUUCUGUUUUGUUUUGUUUUGUUUUUUGGGGGUUUUUUUGUUUUGUUUUUGUUUUUGUUUUUUUUUUGUUUAUUGUUUUUCAUCUGAACUAGACACAGAACACUUUUUUCUCUAAGAAGACAGAGAUAAAGAACCAGACUCCACAUCAUUUCAGUGUAAAAAAAAAAGGGCAACAUUGCUUUCUAAUGCAUCUGAAAUAUUUGAGUGAAUGACUUUCUAAUGCAUUCGAUACAGUUGAAUGAAUGACUUUCUAAUGCAUUCAAUAUAUUUGAGUGAAUGACUUUCGCAAUGCCAAUACGAAACAGCUUCUGAAUGUCCAGUGUGUCGCUGCUGUAAAUAUAUCAACUGAGAGGCUGAAGACAUUAACUGAAAUUGCCGGUUUUGUAUCUCUGGAUUUUGCUCCCAGCAUUUCUGUCAGAUAACCACCAACCUCUCUCUCGACAAGGUAUACCUCAGUUUCUCAUCCCAAUAACAAGUUUGUUUUGUAACACUAUAUAAAAACAAAAUUAUGAAGCUUCUUGUUGACCUGCAUGGGGUACAGAAGCUUUUUCAAUACGGGAGAAAAAAAAAAACAACUUUUUUUAUAUACAACAGAUUAUGCCAAGAAAAUAUGGCCAUCCAUAAACCAGUGUUUUCUGCCUAUGUUCUGUUGGUUUGUCUUUUCUGUGUUGCCCUGUCGUUUAAAAUGUGAUGGUCUGCUUGGGUUUUUUUUAAAACAUUGUGACACUGUUGGAUCAGUUUUAGACCUUUAUCAAGACCUGUUGAGAAGAAAAAUCCCUGAAAAAUAUGAAAUCUGUGAAAAUAUGUAAGCACUUAUCAGCAUAGGUUUGCAGUGUCCUCGCAAAAACGACAUAUGUGCAUGCCUUGUAUUUCUUUUCUCUUGUGUGUGAAAUCUUGUGAGCAGUCAUUAUCCACCCCAACCUCUCCAAACCACCUUUUUAUUAUUGUUUUUUUAUUAUUCAACUGCAAUGUUGGCUGUCUUCAAUCAGGGUAUUGCUCUCGUUCCCCCUUUUUUUUUUUUUUUUUUUUUUUUUUUAUCCUGUUCUGCUGUGAUCUCUGUCUGCCAAAACUGUUCUCCCAAGCAGAGGUUCUGCUCAGCGAUCCUGGACUGACUCUUCCUUCACACUGACUGCAAUCAUUACACGUGAAAAUGCAAAAAUAGCUGGGGUUUCAUGGCUAUCGCUAAGUUUCACGACAGCUACAAUUAACCAUCUAUGUAUGUCUCAGGAAGCUGUCCUGCCAGUGUGUCCUCCUCUGGUGCCAUCCUGGUGAUCCAUGUUGCAUAGCCUAUGAGAGAGGUCUUCAUAAAACUACACUAAUAUCAUAAGAUGGACUUUUCGUAUUCUGAAACCUUGGAGCUCCUUGUGUUCCUAGCACCAAGCUAGCAGAUGCCAUAUGGAAGUAAUGGUUUAGAUUGAGUAUAUGACUCCUAGAUUAUAAUAUGUUAGUCAUGCUUGCUAUGCUGUUAUGCAUAUUUUUUACACAUAAAGUGCACAGAAGUAUUAUCCCAAAAAUGUGCAGGUGUUCUGAGGACCUAACAAAUACUGUCAUCAUUUGUUCACCUUUUAUUACUGGUGACCCCUAUAGUUUAACAGUAGCAUUGCUGCUACUCUUAAGCUGCUAAAAGGAUUCAGGCUACUCUUUGAGGCUAAAUAUUGUACCACAUCCGCAAGCAUUCAGACCCCUGUUACUGUAUGCAGUGCAUCACUUUCAACCGAAGCAUUCUUUCAACUGUAGCAUUUUCAAUCCACGGACCUUUGCAUUCGCUAUUCUCAUCUGCUGACCUGGCCAGGAGCUCUGCCUUUAUGCAUGGUGCAUGAUCCAGCAAGUACUAGUUCAGCAGUUCAAGACAUGAGGCUGCAUUGAGCUGUUCUAAACAUGCAACUCUUCUGGAAGAUUUCAUUCAACGCUAACACCUGAAUGAAUGCUAGCGGGUUACUGCUAGUGUUAUUUUGCUUGCACCGUGCAAACCAGCCACUAGCGUUUAAUAGCCCUGUUAGAAUUUUUCAUUGUUUCAUGGUUUCAUUGCUUACACUUCACACUGGGUGAGCUUCAUGUGUGCAGUCAGUUUGUUCUUUCUGAAGGAAGACCAGUGAGUGUCUAGCAGCCUGCCAUCAUUUCGCCAUCAUAUUUGCCUUCAGCGUACAUGAAAACAGUAAAAAGAAAUGGAUCUUCAUAAUUUUCCAUAGCUUCAGUUCACGUUACAUCCCCAUACCCACCUUUCCAUGUCUCAUUCAAGAGAGAAUCUUCAGUGUUAUUGUGAUUAUUGGAGGCAGUAUUCAGAUUGCUGAUCUUAAAUCAGCUUUUGUGACUAACAACCAUCAUUAGGAAGAGAAAUCUGGUUAGAGAUCAGAUUCUGUUUGGCUGGACAGGUGCUCUGCAUUUGCAGCAUAUUCUCACUAACCUAUCUUUCGGAAUCAGACUAGGCUGGGGUUGUUCCUCAUGAACAGAUCAUGUAUUGUAUUGUGCAAAAGCCUGGAUGAAAAUAACCCUUUAAUGCACACUCUCCCUUCAAAAUGUAAGCCAAGCCUGCAUCACCACCUCCCCCUGCCCCAAACCUACAUCACCUCCUUUGCCUGCCCCAAACCUACAUCACCUCCUUGCCCUGGCCUGAAACCGACAUCACCAUGUCCACCUGCCCCUUCCCAAGUGUUGGCAGAAGACUGGCUUAAAAGUGCACCAUAUGUAUAUAAGAAUAAUGUUUUAGAUUGUGAAUAUAGCAUGAGGUUGUUUUUUAUGGUCUCAAAAGCAAAAAAAAAAAAAUCUUUAUUAAUAUUAUGGAAAAAUAUUUUAUUGUUCUUUAUUUUGUAUAUCUGUAUUUUAGGUUGUUUUAUUAAUUUAUGUAAUGGCCCAAACAAGUUAUUUUUAUUCUGAUUGAGGAGUGCUUUUACUCUAUUUAUAAAACUGGUCAGAUGAAACACUAAAAAAGUAAUAGCAGAUUGAUCUUUUCUUUACCUCAGAUUCCCGGUUUACUCUCAACGUUAUCACAACAAGAACAAGUGGUGUAGCACGACAGAAAACAUGGUGCAGGCGUUGUGAAAACAUGUACUGGGACUUGACCAGCAGGUUCACUAUCCUUCUUCUACUUCUUUUUUCCUCUUUUUUCACACAGCAAGACGCACUUUGGUUUUCAGUGACAGUAUCUGCUUACUUUGGUGCCACUGAGCAAGGGUCACCAUUGUACCAAAACUGUCUUGGGUGCAAGCGAGUGUAUUACCUUAAUGCCGGAUAUGCCAUUUGAGUUGAGCAUAUUACCUUCAUACCGGACAUGCCAUUUGAGUUGCUCCUCUUAAGUAUUUAACAGACAUUCAGGGCCCGGUUGGAAGUAAUUGUUACAUAUUGUACAGAUGAAAUUUUAUGCUACUACUCCCCUCAAUAAAGUAUAGUGACUGCUCUUGA